UAUGUAUAAUAAUAUAUAUCUUAGUCCGCGUCGUUUUAAAUAUUUAUCACGAUUUACGGUUUAUAUUAUCAGCGUAACCAAAUAUCCACACGGCACACUUCAAUGCUUCACUCGUCAGCAUAGAUGAUUACUCGUCAGUAAUUAUUAGUAUUUGGUGUAGAAAAUAUUAUUUUUUUUCGAUCUGUCGAUUCGUUACGUUCGUUUCUAUUAUAAACUUCAAUCUUACACGAUGUCUUUUAGAGUAGAUUUUCGUAACUUGUGUCGUAUUUGUCUUACCGAAGAAAUCGAUCUCGUUGACAUCCUCACGCUUGGUAAUUCAACUGAAAAGUGGAUCCAGGAUAUUAAGGCAUACUAUGACGUCCAAAUACGAUUUAAUGAAGUCAAGUCAACAAAAUUAUGUCUGCUUUGCUUAGGAAGAAUCAAGACAUGGCGCAAGGAUAAAGUCAAAGCAACCAAUAAUCAAGUCGUCAUAGAUUUUUUGGAUACCAAGGUACAGGAACAAUUACCAUACCAUCGAUUUAAUGUAAACGAAGAUUGAAAUAUUAUGUUUAACAUUAAAUCAUUGAAUGUUAUUGUAUUAAAUAAAGUAUAUCUUAUUAAAUUUGAA